AUCAAACGAAGAAUUUUCCGGAAAAGUACACCCUUGUCAUCGUUAUUCACCAGAAAAAUACUUUGAUUGAGUUUCAUAGAACAUGAAGCGUUGUAUAAAUGAUUUGAGGUUGAUGGUGUUUCUUUUAACCAUUGUGUAACUGGUCAUUGGAUCUGAAAAUGGCGAGCUGUAACCCAGAUUCAGCUGAUUCUGUGGAAUCCCCAGUACUGUCGUUGUUCAAAAUGACAAAGGGUUCUGCCAUGCUCAAGGUCAAGCGGCAUGGAACUCCUCAGAUCAAGAAGUUUGUAUUAUCAAGAGAUCUCGCUCAUUUACAAUGGGGAACUCCAAAAAAUAAAGGAGAAAAAUCUGUAUCGACUUCACAAAUGACUGAGCUUUUAAAAGGACAAAAGACCAAAGUAUUUCAGAACUGCCCUAUUCCACAGAGAGAGUCCAUGUCUUUCUCUGUGGUUUACAAGAUUGGUAAAAGUUUGCAGACAAUAGAUGUUGUUUGUUUUGACAAACAGCAGUGUGAUACAUGGACAUCAGGUUUGCAGGCCUUGGUGAGUGGUUUUAAUGACAGAAAGGUCAUUGAUGAAUUGUAUAAAAGUGGAAAGAAUGGAGAUGAGAUAGAUAACCAUCGUGUACAACCAACGGAUGAUAUCCCUUUGCAACCCAUGACUGCAAAUGGACAACAGCGUAAUGAAGAUGCCUUUGACCUGUACACGUGGGGUAAUGGCUCCACAGGAAUGUUGGGGCAUGGUGAAAAUGCCGAGGAGAAUGUUCCCAAAGUUGUAGAGGCAUUGCAAUCAAAGGAUGUGAUGAAAAUAGCCUGUGGAACCACUCACACUGUUGUGUUAACAAGCGAAGGAGAAGUGUUUUCUUGGGGUUUAGGGUAUGGUGGCAAGCUUGGACAAGGACAUCUUAGAGACAGAUCGACCCCGCUCAGAGUUGCUGCAUUGAAAGACAUGAAAAUAACGACAAUUGCGUGUCACGAAUUCCACACAGCAGCAGUUUGUGCUACAGGAGAAUUAUACACAUGGGGCAAAGGAGGUCCAAGGCUUGGAUAUGAGAGCGCUACAAGAAAAGAAAUACUACCAAGAUUGGUGGAAGGACUUGAAGAACACCGAGUUUCACACGUGGCUUGUGGACAAGCCCAUACUCUAGUGUGCACCAAGAACGGACAGUGUCUUGCUUUUGGUGACAACGAAUUUGGCCAGCUCGGAAUCAAAGGACUCAACAUGAGUUAUGAGCCAUUGAGAGCACACGAGCUGGAGAGUCAUCACAUCUUGUACGUGGCUUGUGGAGCGCGUCACAGUGCAGUGUUAUCCGAUACUGGAUGUCUGUGGACGUGGGGUGAUAACAGGUCUGGUCAACUAGGAGUGGAAAAUCUGAGCCUCUCGUGCAAUCCGAUCACUUUGUCAACGUUGGCAGAAUUAAGGAAUCAAGUGAUAAUUGAUGUAAGUUGUGGAGACAAGCACACAGUGUUCUUAUCAAAAAAAGGAAAGCUGUUUGGAAUGGGCGAUAACUCAGAAAACCAACUCGGAAUGAACCAAAAAAACAAGUCCGGAGAGACAAUCUUAAGGGUAAAUGUACCCACCCGCAUUCAACUAUCCGCUCACUUCAGAGCUUCCAAAGCAAUGCAACUUUCGUGCGGAGCUUCUCAUACAGCCGCUGUUACAGAAUCAGGAGAAAUAUUUACGUGGGGAAAGGGAAAAGCAGGUCGCUUAGGUCACGGUGAUACAAGAGACAGACCAGUGCCUUGUGAACUAGACAUGGAUGGCAAGCGAGUCCGUCAUGUGGAAUGCGGUAAUACACACACAGCAUGCCUUGUCACUAGGGCUUGGGUCUCAGAGGAUUUGGUUAAGAACUGCAUGGCGUGCAAGACAAAGUUUUCAUUGGUGAACAGGAAGCAUCACUGCCGCAAGUGUGGAGGCAUUUUUUGCGCUUCAUGCACUUCAAAACGAACUUCUGUUCUCAAUCUGCCAGGAGAUCGCAUCCCUCGACGAGUUUGUGACAGAUGCUACACAGUUCUUCUAGAAGACGUGACGUGAGGUUCUCUGAAAAUGUCUUUAACCAAGGCACGUACGUACGGUAGUUUGUCUCCGAGAUUCAGAUGAGCCCGCAGUUGGUUUAUGUCUCUGACGCUCUUAUGAACACAUGAUGGACGUAAUUGAUUAGCAACGGAUAUGUCUUGACGGAAGCUAGGAAAGCCGGGUCGAGUACAUGAAGUUGAGGUUCAGUGGUAAAUUUUCUUCAUGACAAAAAAGAUGAGAGAAUGAUUUUUUUCCCGUGGUUUACUAUUUUUCCUAGGCUUUUCUUUUCUAUUAAACUGUUCCUGUUCCGAAAUAUUGUUCUUUGUGCGACAGGACUUCGUAAAAAACUUUCAUUUAAAUUAAGUUCGUAGUUUAAGAGUAUUUUUCUUGUGAUCUUCCCCAAUGCAUCUUAAAUUCAUCAUGAUGUGCUGGAAGCAUUUUUUUUGUGGCUCGCGUCGUACGCCAUUGAAUACCAAAUGAGUGAAGCAGAUUCUGUGGUCCACGCAAUACACACAAAAACGAAAUGAUAACUAAAGAUCAAAACAAAGAUCAAUGAGAAUAUCAAAACUGAUCGGAUGAAGUAGUUUUUCAAUGUAAAUGUGCAAGUGUACACGGUUUUACAACAAACCGCAUUUAUCAUAUAAAAUUCCGUCAAUCUGUACUAUGUUAAUACUAAGGUAUUGUUCAAGUGACACAGGUGUUUAACAUUCAACAUUUCACCCAAAACAAUGUAUUUGAAAACAAUUCUCUCGUGAAUGGGCCGUACUAUUUUAUUUCAUUUUAUCAAUAUUAGUUUUUACCAAUAUCACUCGUAUUAUUUGAAUCCUUUGAACAAACAAAUAUAGUUAUUCCUUCUUUUGAAAAUACCAAAGAUCGCCCCCUAAUCAUAAAUAAGGUAUAAACGUAGACUUUUAUCCUAUAAGACGUAAGCGUUGAAAACUGAGGAAUAUCACCGCGUUUAGACCAAUGCGGGCGAGCAAAAAUCUUUGAUGGAAUAUAAUUACCAACUAUUCACCAAGUGGAGAUGUAAGUGGUAAAUGUCCACCGCUAGCCACAGACACUGAGGUGAUAGUUCUUUUAGUAUUUACUAAAACAGUGGGAUAAUAUAGCACAAAAAGGAUUAUUUUAACUCAUUUAUUCCUACAAUGAUUAUAAAUCCCGUGCUAGUUGCUUGGGGCUGAAUAGCAAAGGGUAUUCGGAGUUGAGUAGCCAAUCAGAGAACCCCUUCAACGCUAUCCACUGUUUUUGUAGAUACUAAUGCUGCAUAUUCCUCACUGUAAGCUAGGACAUAUUCUGUCAAGUGACGCCUUUCAACUUUGUACUGGAACGGAAAAGUAUUGAUGAAUUAUUAACGGUAACACUAAGAUAAGUGCGUCGUUAGUCGUAUCAGUUGAGAAAACGACUGAAACACUACCUUUGGUGUUAAAAGAAAACCAUCUGGAAUAGGUUUAAAAAUUCAGUUUAGCAUGUAAUCUAAUAGGAAUAUUUUCAAAUUCUACGUUUGUAAAUCAAUAUUUUUAAUUAAAACUAUAGACUCCUUUAUAAUUUAUCACAAUUCGUGUGGAUGUUUAGCUGAAACAUAUAGGCUCCUUAGUGUUGGAGACACAGGACAGCAGAACACCGCUUUAUUAUUACAUCGUUUUCAUUGCUCUCCCCGUUCUUUUGUCUUUUUGUUCUCAAUUAUUUUACGGCAACUGUGUCUUCUACACCAGAUAAGAGACAACAUGAAGGUAAAAUUCAGUAUAAGGUGCUUUAGAGCCAACUCCACCAGCUCUUAACAUUUUUGCAAGUACCUUCUUAAGAAAAAACAUUUGUUAAUGUAAGAAAUCUGAAAAAGGGCGUGGUCUCUUAGUAUGAAUUAUUUUAAAUUCGCUGGGUUUUGAGUGCUCUGUUGUAAAUAAAAAAUAAUCCUUUAAUGGUAUUGUAUCAAUAUAGCACUGAACGAAAGCAUAAAUGCAACAGUAAUUUGGAUUUACUUAA